AGAAUCGCAUGUUCUAUCAUGGUGGAGUGGACGGUAACAUUUGUCACAAAUUUGCUCGAUGUAGUUCCUUGGUUCUAAGAUGCCAACUGGAAGGUUUCCAUUUCGUCGCACCUUCGAAUUCCUUAAUGCUGGAAAGCUGAUCUUGAAAUCGGAUGUAAAAUCCUUGUUAAUCAACUUUACAAACCAACCAGAAAGUCUUGGUCUGAGGAAUUUCAUCUACAAGGACAUUCCUCAGAUUCAGUAUAAAAAUCGCAAGGUCCAGAUUAUGACAACAAGAAACAGAUUGAACCAUCCAGUGGUGAACAUCUUUUUUGGUGAUGGAAAGAAAGUAAUGAUUGAUGUGGAGAGCAAAACUGGUCCUGAAAUUUUAGAGAUAGUGAGCAAAGCUGCAGGAGCAACUGAAAUGGAGCUGGAAGAUAGAGCAAAAGUAAAAUAUCCGGGUCGUUUAAACCCUGCCAACUUUGGUAGAUUUGGCCAUUGCUACUGCAUAUGUGAAAAACCUGGCCAGGCACCAUGCCCCGCCCUUGUGCCACACCCUGAUGCAAAGAAGCCAAAGUUCUGGCAGUUAAAGCAAGACACAGCAGCAGAAUAACUUUACAUCAACCUGUUAUGACAGGAUGGACUGUCUUUCAAUUGAAUAAGUAACAACUUGAGCAUGAUGGCUGUGAGAAAAGUGUCUCUUUGUACACUAAAUUUAUCCCUAGACUUUUGAGAUGUCCAUUAUUUGACCUCACCAAGUAAUAAGACAAUGAUGCACAUGCAGGUCAUCAGAGGUCUGUGUAAAGACUCUGAUCUUUCAUUGCUUAGAAUAUUUAUUUCUGGAUGCAAUUUCCCUACUUCCAGUGAAGUUUUGCUUUUUAGUCCUCCGCCACAUUGUUCAAAUGACAUUUUUAUUUUUUCUGGGCAACUGCAUGUAAGCUCGAUUCAAGAUCAUCUUACUUGAGAUCCAUAUCAAGCUCCAUCAGUAAUCUACAUGUACCUUAGGUCCUUGAUUUGCCGAGAAUCAAGUUUGAAUCUAUUGGAGCUCAAUCUCAGCCUGUUAUGCGCGCUAGGAAGAUGAACUUGAAUAUAAUUUCCAGAUACAAGCAUGUCAAAAAUUUGUAUUUUCUCAAAUUCAUUAGGCUCCAAAUGUAACUGCAAAAAUUAGCCAACACUGUGUGUGUGUUUUUCUUUUUCUUUUUUCAAUCAUUCAAUGGAGAAACCAAACGAUUAUUUUCAGUGAAAGUAAAAAAGAAUAUUAAUAAUUAUUAUAUUAUGAACUUUUUAGAAUAUGCAAUGAAGUUGUUAUUAGGGAUAAAAAAAAUUGAAUGUCCUUUUGGGAUAUUAUCAAGUUCAGUUAAAAAAUACUAUUUACCUGUGGUAGUAUAAAACACUUUGGUCCAUCACUUAUAAAAAUAAUGAUUGUAUGGAAAAAAAAGAAACUAUUAACAGUUCA